AUAUCAAUUAUUAUGGUUGGUCUUUUGUGAUCGAAAAAUCUAAAACACACAAUUCAAGAAAAAAAACAGAAUGGAUGAGAAGGAGAUCCCAAAGAACCUGGAGAGAGACGACGAAGAAUACGUAAGUUUGAUCUCUUCACUUCCUUCAGAUAUAGAUUUCGUUGGCCGAGAGCUGUUCAAGUACCAAGAAUCUUGGUACGGCAACAAAAUGUUGCAAGCAAUACUCAAUUUCCAACGAGGUUUCGAGCCACAAGACACGGACAUAAUCAUUGCUUCGUUCCCCAAAGCCGGCACUACUUGGCUCAAAGCUCUCACUGUAGCCCUCCUUGAGAGAUCCAAACACUCUUCUGAUGCUCAUCCUCUUCGACUUGAUAAUCCUCAUAACCUAGUACCAUUCUUCGAGCUCGAUCUGUACGCCAAAAGCUCGAAACCAGAUAUGACCAAUUUCUCAUCAACCCCGAGGGUAUUCGCGACUCAUGUGCCGCUCCACACGCUGCAAGAAGCUCUCAAGAACUCUUCUUGUAAGAUUGUGUACGUGUGGAGGAACGUGAAAGAUGUGUUGGUGUCUUAUUGGCAUUUCAAGUCUGCACUGAUGAAGGUAGAAGCAGAGAGAAGCUUGUUGGAGUCAAUGUUCGAAUCGUUUUGCAGAGGAGUUAGCUAUGGCGGACCAUUCUGGGAACAUGUCUUGAGCUAUUGGAGAGGAAGCUUGGAAGACUCCAAGAAUGUGCUUUUCUUGAAGUACGAGGACUUGAAAACAGAACCUCGUGUGCAGCUUAAGAGACUUGCCGAGUUUUUGGAUUGUCCUUUCACGGUGGAAGAAGAACAGAACGGAUCAGUGGAAGAGAUCUUGGAACUUUGUUCAUUGCGUAACUUGAAGAAUUUGGAGAUCAACAAAAUCGGGAUAAUGUCAAGAGGAGUCGAUCACAAGAAUUUUUUCCGUAAAGGGGAAGUCGGUGACUGGAAGAAUUAUCUGACUCCUGAAAUGGAGAAGAGGAUUGACAUGAUCACCGAGGAUAAAUUUGGAGGUUCGGGUUUGAAAUUCUAAGUUAUGUAUGUGUGGUUUGUGCUCGUUUUUAUGUUCCUUGAUUUAUGCUGAACCUAUGCUUGCUUUCAUGUUCAUUGUUUCUUUUCUUGAUUUGUGAUUCAUGAUGUCUAUCUUUUGUUACUACUUUGGUGUCGAAUUCGGUUUGAUUUAAUUAAGAACAGUGAUGUGA